AUGGCAGCAACUAGUGCUAUUGAUGGAUGUAAUCGACUCUCUCACGUUGCUUAUGGAAUAUUAGAGUUAGAAAACAUUGAGUCCUGGACAUGGUUCUUGAAUGGCUUAUAUAAGGCAAUAGGUUUGCCUAAUGGUUUGGUACUUGCAUCUGAUAGGCAGAAGUGUCUUGAGGAAGCAAUUUGCUCGGUUUAUCCAUCUGUGGAGCAUAGAACAUUUAGAGGUUACAAUACAACUAUAAAAGACAUCAAAUCAAUUAAUAUCAAAGCUUAUAAAUGGAUAGAGGACUUGGGAAAGAAAACAGAGAUAUGGAGUAGAUCACAGUUUAGUACUGUUUGCAAAUGUGAUUACAUCACAAAUAAUAUAUCUGAGUCAUUCAAUGCAUGGGUUGCAGAAGCCAGGGAAAGGCCUGUUUUGGAUCUUUUAGACACAAUCAGACAAAAGAUAAUGGUGACCAUGGAUAAAAGAAGAAUGACAACAAAAUGGAAGGAUGAUAUUGUGCCAUCUGUGAAAAAAUAUGUACGAAACCUAUCCAGAGAAUUGACAGCAUAUGAGGUACAACGUUGUAGUGAUUCAAAGGCUGAGAUCUCUUAUAAAGGACAAAGGUGUGAGGUUCUAUUGACUAAUGGAAUAUGCAGUUGUAAAAAGUGGCAAGUCUCUGGAAUACCUUGUGUACAUGCUAUGGCAUUCAUCUUCAGUAUCAGAGGUUCAAAAUGA